ACUUUAGUCAAUUCUCUUUGGGUACAGAGGUAAAAAUGGCAGCCCCAAUGUUUACGAGAGAAACAGGUUAGAUUUUCAUAUUCAUUCUGGCAGUAGGAAAAAUCAUCCCCCGGACGCGGGAGCAUAGUAGGCGCACUCGAUUUAACUGUAACUACGAGUUAGAAACGAUUAAUUUAACGAAAAGUUGGCCCCAAAUUUACAGAUAUAACUCGGAAAAUUUGGCCUCAAGUCGCCUGUAUUUAAGUCAAUACUGUGGAUCGUGUGUAAUCAGUACGAUAUAACCUCAAUCACCCCCCCGCCCCUUGUAUUCCUCUCAGAAUAAUAAAAAUUACAACACAAGGGCCUGAUAAGGUCAAUGAGCACUGCACCAUGGACGGCAUGGAUUUAGCUACUGUGGAAACUACAUGUAGAUUAUGUACCGAUCGUGGAGAAAAUUAUCAUGCAAUUUUUGCGCUCAAUUCGCAUUCCAUCGCCGAUAAGAUCAAUAAUUGUUUGCCAAUAGUGAUAAGUGCAGAUGAUGGUUUACCAUUGCACAUCUGUCCAGCGUGUUUAAACGAUCUGAACACAAGCUACAAGCUCAGAGAGCGAUCGCUGGAAGCAGAUGGUUUUCUGCGACAGCAGAUGACCCUAAUUCUGGUUGAAAGUAUCAAACAAGAGGACAAAUUCGAGAGUGAAAACGAAGAUAUUAACACUAAAAGUUUAUUAUGUGGCAUUUGUGAGUCUAUUUUCGAGGAUGCAGAAGCUUUCGACAACCACAUGGAGAAAUACCACGCAUCUCAAUGGGUCUGCAAUUUGUGCGGAAUGGACCUGAAAACGUCAGAUAAUCUUCUUCAACACAAGCAUGCGAAACACUAUGACAGCAGUGAUCACCUGAAAAACGUAAAGCAUUUUAAUUCCGAUGUUUCGGAGGAUCCGUCAGACAGAGAUGAAACUAUUGAUAUUAAGGAUGAAGACAUACCGCUGAGCUGCCGAAUUAAUCCAGAAAAGAAGGACAUCCCCUGUGAUAUAUGUGGGGUGAUCAUUGAGACUGAGAGUUUCAUGGCUAUGCACAUUAAAUUUCACGAACCGCGUUCAAUGCACUGCUCUUCAUGCUCUCGUUUCUUCCAAUCGCCUUAUGAACUCUUUCUUCAUAAGCAAAAUGUACACAAGGGUUUCGUGGACCAAAAGAUGAAGUGGUUCUGCGAGAAGUGCGGAAGGUUCGGCUCUAAUACUAGGUUUAUAAAGAAGCACCAAAAAUGCGGGAAAACCAGGUUCAAGUGUAAAUACUGCGAAGUGGAGUUCAAUAGGCACAAGGAAUUCAGUAUUCAUCAGAGAAAGAAUCAUUCGGAAAUAAUGACCACCGACCCCGACGUCGAGAAGUUCAAAUGUCCGACAUGCGGCAAGGUCUUCAUUGAGAAAGACUCGUAUGGGUGUCACCUACGGGUGCAUCGUGUGAGGAUGGAGAGAAAGUAUGGCUGUGAAAAAUGCGAUGGAUCUUUUUUGAGUCCAACUCAGUUGAAGCAUCACAUUGAUGACAUACAUGUAAGACGAAGAGAUUACAAGUGCAGCAGCUGUGAAAAAGGUUUCACGAGCAGUCGAAGUCUGAAAGCCCAUGAGCAGAGGCAUAUAAGCCAGACAUGUCAGCAAUGUGGAGAGCAGUUCGAAAAUAUCCGAAUCCUCAAUAAACACUUACUGGAGGUUCACAGUAUUUCUGUUCCCGCCACAGGGAAGCACAGUUGCAAAGAGUGUGGCAAGAGAUUCCCAAAAUUACGUCUACUGAAGGAUCACAGAAAUAUUCAUUCGGGGAAACGACCACAUGUUUGUGAUAUUUGUAAAGAGACUUUCAGGACAUAUGCAGCCCGAUGGUCCCACGUGCAGAAACAUAAGAAUGGCGCAUUUUAUUGCGAUCAUUGCAAGCGAAAAUUCUCAACAAAAGGUCACGUUCGAAGGCAUUUGGCCUGUCACAUGCCACCCGAAGACUGGAACUACGAGUGUAAGAUCUGCAAUCAAAAAUUCCAGAGGAAAUGCCAUUUAGAGACUCAUUCAAAGAAACAUAACGACACUCGACCCUAUCAGUGUGACUUGUGCGAUGCACGAUUCCUCAAAGACAAGUUUCUUUUGGUGCACAAGAAACGCUGUCACGCUCAACCUUGAGCCAAGGAAAUUCAGAUAAAGAUUUAACUCCAAAAUAUUCAACGUGUACAGCCCAACACAAUCAGUUUAUUCUUUAAUUAAUGAUGUCAUUAUUCAUUUCAGCUAUAAAUGGAUUUAUAUAGAUGUAUAUCAUAAAGAAAUUACAAUCUAACAAUAACUUGAAAUUAAGUAUUGAUGAAAAUGUAUUCGUUUCCGUACUCGGAAGUUCUGAAUUGCUUGAUUGGUUUAACUUUAUUGAGAAGCGAAUGAUCAUUAACGCAGAGAGAAACAAAAAACCAAUAAAAUUUUUACUGAAAGAGGA